GGCACGAACCCUAUCCUCCUCUUUGAAGAUAGAAAAGUUAAUAGUCAAUGCAUAUUGCCUCUCCAAAUUUUAUUUUUUUUUAUUUUUUUCUCCUGACAAUCAGUGAAAGAGACUCGAACAUGAACCAAGUUCAUUUUGUGCCUAUAUAAUACAGAAAGACCAAAAUGAAAGAGCACAAGGGAAAGGACAAGAUGGACGUUCUUCACAUGAAUGCUGGUAAUGGAGAAACUAGCUACGCCAAGAAUUCAAUCCUUCAGAAAAAAGUGAUGCUAAAGGCGCAGCCCCUACUAGAAGACACCCUCAACGACAUGUAUAAUGAAGACUUCCCUAAGUGCUUUAAGAUAGCAGAUUUGGGUUGCUCUUCAGGUCCAAAUACCCUUUUUGUCAUCUCCGAAAUCAUCAACACAAUUCAUGGUUUGUGCCAGCAAAAUAAUUCCAAACCACCUGAAUUCCAAGUGUAUCUAAAUGAUCUUCCAGACAAUGACUUCAACACCAUUUUCAAAUCACUACCGGUAUUCUACGAGAAGCUCAAAAAAAGCAGAGGAGAGGAGUUGAGUCCUUGUUUUGUAUCGGGAUCACCAGGUUCUUUCUAUGACAGGCUUUUCCCGACCAGUAGCUUACACUUCGUUCAUUCUUCUUACAGUGUCCAUUGGCUCUCUAAGGUUCCUGAAAGGCUGGAUAAUAACAAGGGCAACAUCAUAUACAUGACCAAGACAAGUAAUUUUCAUGUGUUUGAAGCAUACUUGAAGCAAUUUCAAAACGAUUUCUCGACAUUUCUAAGAUUACGCUCCGAAGAAAUAAUACCCGGAGGGCGUAUGGUUCUAACAUUCAGAGGUAGGAGUACUGCAGAUCCUACAAGCAAAGAUUCUCCCACUCUCAAUGAAAUCCUCCAAGAAUCGCUUCUCAACAUGGUGGCUGAGGGGCUCAUUGAAGAAGCUCAAGUUGAUUCAUUCAAUUUGCCCAUUUAUGCACCCUACAAGGAUGAAGUAAAGGCUAUAAUUCACAAGGAAGCAUCCUUUACUCUUGACAGGCUAGACACUUUUGAGGUCGAUUGGGACUCCAGAGACAAAGAUGAUGACAAACACUAUAUUUUUGACAAACAGACGAGUGGGGAAAAUGUGGCAAGAUGGUCUAGAGCUAUUUGGGAGCCCAUAUUGGCUAAUCAUUUCGGAGAGACAGUCAUUGAUGAACUGUUUGCAAGAUUUGCAAAGCAUGUGGCUGAGCAUCUGUCUGCGGAGAAAGCAAAGAUAUUCAGUAUAGUCAUUUCGUUAAGAAAGAAGUGACCGUUAACCAAUGGACCAUUAGCCCAAUGGAAAAACCUCUCCUCCUUCAAAAGAGAGGUGAGGGAUUCAAGCCCGCAAUGGCAAUUUGUGAAGUAAGCGUGUUUGUGGAGUGUGUGUGUGUGUGUGUGUGAGCACUUACCUGACCAUUCAAAAAUGGGCAGGUGAUGAAACCUAAAGCUUUCCCGUGAUUGCUUUGCAUCCAAGAGAAAACUGCAUUGUUGCAAAAUGAUCAGUCUUGGCUCUAUGAACAAAAAUAAGGCAUUCUAUUAAUCUGAUUUCAUUUCAUGAAUUUUUCAACUUUUCAUAAAACAGGUACUGGUUACCUAAUUAAAUAUCAGAUUUCAGGUUGAUAAUUCUCAAUCAAGAAUGAAUAUUUGUAAUUUGUUAUACAUGACAUGUAGGGUUAUAGUGCUGUAGCAGGCCCCUAUGCCUUAAUUUCAACCCCAAAUAACUACACUCUAACUAGUUAUCAAUUACGGAGUACUGUGGCGAACACCAUCGUAGCCCAACGGUUUUGUUGCUCCUUGUUGUCCUAGGGAGCUUGGCUUCGAGCCUUCGCACCCUUAAUUUCUGAUCUAACAUUCUUACUUAAAAAAUAAAAAAAAUAAAAAAUUACCCAAAAAAACACACACAACUAGUUAUCAACUAUAUUAUAAUAACAUAACAUCUAUGGUGGAAUCAAUGGAUAACGACUACAGUUGUUGAUCAAUCUCAACUAUAUUAUAAUAACAUAACAUCUAUGGUGGAAUCAAUGGAUAACAACUUUACAGUUGUUGAUCAAUCUCAACUAUAUUAUAAUAAUAAAUUGUUGAAUCAAUGGAUAACAACUUUACAGUUGUUGAUCAAUCAAUUAGUCACUUUGCUGAGCAACAAUGGUUGUAGGGUAGUAGUCUGUCUUUUACUUCACAAAGUGUGUGAGGAAUCAAGUUCCAAAUAGAUUUAUGACUUUCUUGUCAACAAUGAAAAUAUAGAUAUAUAUAUAUAUAU